AUGUCGAGAAUGAGACCAACUCAUAACCAAAUGAAGUUUUUGGUUGAUCAGAUGGCCAACGAUCCGCAAUUGUGUUCCAGUAAUUUCACAAAAACAUUCACUCACAAAAUCGCCCAACAGAGAUGGGAAAAUAUUGCUUUUAAAUUAAACUCGUUACCAGGACCAGAGAAAAAUUGGCAAAAAUGGAAAAAAACAUGGCAAGAUACUAGAAAUAGCACAAAAACCAAAGCUGCAGCUAUUAAACGGCAUCUAGGGGGCACAGGUGGUGGACCAAGUUGUUCAGUUGAAUUAAAUGCAAUUCAAAUGGAAACGCUACCUUUAUUGAGCAAAUCUUCAAUUAGUGGUCACAGCGAUUCGGUUGAAUCAAUUGUCCAGUUUGAUUUUGAUGGCUCUACCGAAGAUGUGAUAAUUGGUAAAUUAACACAUCAAUUUAUUCUAGUAAUAGUCUUACUUAAAUCAUUGGACACUAUAGUUUUUAAAUUAAAAUAA